AUGUCUACCUCUGGGGCUCUCCCGCAAACCCUUCGCUCCAUCACCGAUAUAAAAAUCGCCGAGCUUUCCAAGCAACGCUCGCUCUUUGAGAAGCAACGAGAGGGAAUUCUCAAAGCAGCGGCAGACGCACCUGAUCUGCGAUCCAAGGCUCGGGUGCUCUUGGAAGGAAUCACCAAGCUCAAUGGCUAUCCGAAUGAUGCCUUCGACCGAGAGGAUCUGGAUACGCACUCUGAAGACUCAGGGGCCGAGACUACUGUGAAAGAUGCUACCGCCCGUGCUGCCCAUGUCAAUAUCCGCCGCUUUCUCCUGCAGAGCCAGUUUGACCCGUCGGUGUCGGAUCGGAGCCUAGGCGAUUGGGUUGCACAGCUCGAGGAAGAGUUAAAUUUCCUGCACACCCGUCACGAACAUGCUUCCUUCUACAGCAACCUGGUCACGGAGUGGCUGGCCGGCCUUGAGACCGAGGAGGAGGCUGCCAAGGCUAAGGAACAAGACUCCGAGUCUGACGCCACAAGACGUGCGGAAAUGCAGGAGCAGCGAGCAACGUGGGAGCAGUAUGUGUUCAACGCCGCGAAUGUGGAUGAAAAAACAAUCAACGAAUACCUUGACGGUCUGUUCACAAAGACGAAUCAAUCUCAGCAAGCGUUGAAAACCCUGCGUCAGAAGAUGAAGACCUUUGGAGAGGAAUAUACAUCGACACGCACUCAUUUUGACGUUGACACGCUUCAGUGGGUGAGCAAGGCCCUCUUAAGAUCAGACUCUCUCACCAAGGAAAAGUCCGACAUCUUGAAGGAUUUUAUGCUCAACAAGGCUGUUGCCCAGGAGGUGGCGGAUGUUUUGAACAUGCGUCUUGCGACCCUGGACAAUUGGCACUGGCCGCCCGAGGGUCUUCCUCAGGAAAUGCGUCGUCAACUGAACGGCAAGUACCGGGUCUUCCAAGAUGAGGAUCUGCUGGACAGUCUUCUGCUCCAGUAUCUCGGGCUCCACUGGGCGGUGACUUUCCGGGCUGCAUUUGUCAAUUUUCAGAAGACCUGGGCCUGGAAAAGCCUGCGCCAGCCUAUCUCGAAGUCGGAGCGGGCACGGCGUCAGCACUUCCUCGGUAGGGACCACGCGCGGUGUAUCAGAUCCGUGAACGAGGAGAGACGCGAUGUAUAUAGAACCGAGUAUUUCAUGACUCAAUUGCCUCGCUCGUUAACUGCAGGUGGGCUGGGGUACGAUGAUGAUAAUAACGACCCCGACGACAUUGAGGAAGAGAACCGCAAGAACGCCCUGGAGACAAAACACUCGCUCCUCCAUCUCCUGAUUGCGGAGUCUAUCGUGCAGACCCGGAUUCAUGGACAAUUCACGGCUAUUCGGUCGGACUUUAAGUACUUUGGGCCGUCUAUCCCACAUACCACGAUGCUCACAGUGUUGGCGUACUUUGGAGUGUCACAGAACUGGCUCGAUUUCUUCAAGAGGUUCCUGGAAUGCCCACUCAAGUUUACUCAGGACGGACCAGAAGCUGCGGUGCAGACCCGCAGACGCGGAAUUCCCAUAAGCCAUACACUCUCGGACUGCUUCGGGGAAGCUGUCCUGUUCUGCAUGGAUUAUGCAGUGAACCAAAGCACGGAUGGUGCGUACUUGUAUCGCAUGCAUGAUGAUUUCUGGUUCUGGGGUCAGAAGCAGACUUGUGUCAAAGCUUGGAAUGCUAUGACCGAGUUUGCUCAAGUGAUGGGUCUCGAGUUUAACGAGGAGAAGACCGGGACAGUGCAUCUUGAGAACAAAGACAAAUCCGGCCAACAGCCAUAUCAAGACCUGUCUUCCUCCACAAAGAUUGAGGAAACCGAGGGCUCGGAUACUCUACCUACCGGCGACAUCCGAUGGGGCUUUUUGAAGCUUGACGCCCAGGAGGGCCGAUUCAUCAUCGACCAAGAGCAAGUGGACAACCACAUCUCGGAGCUCCAGCUCCAGCUUUCUGCAUGCAAGAGCGUCUUCUCCUUCGUUCAGGCAUGGAAUAGCUACUUCGGUCGCUUCUUUGUGAAUAAUUUCGCCAGACCAGUUAUGUGCUUCGGACGGAGUCACAUCGAUAUGGCCGUCACCACCCUUAACCGUAUUGAGCGCACUAUCUUCCCUGAUAGUCACAGCGGUGUCACUGAUCACCUUCGAAAGAUGAUUGCUGAACGAUUCGAUAUCCAUGAUCUUCCCGAGGGAUUUUUCUACUUCCCCGUUGAGUUCGGCGGUCUCGAACUCACGAACCCGUACAUUCCUCUUCUCGCCAUCCGCGAGAACAUCGAAUCAACACCUUCCGGCCGCCUUCAAAAGGCCUACAACAAGGAUGAGGCCGAGUAUCACGCCGCCCAAGAACGAUUUGAGAAAGACGGGCCUGAGGAACCAGCCUCCGAAGAAGCUUUCGGUGACGAUGAGGACCCGACUGCUUUUAUGUCCAUCGAAGAGUACACCCGCUACGCAGAGACAUACAGCUACCAACUCCUUGGCGCGUACAACGAUCUCGUCGGCGCCCGGCGCGAAGUGAUGAUCGACCAGUCACCCAAGUUUCGCACCAACCAGAUGACAUUGGAGGAGGACCCCAGCAGCCGUCUGGUCCUUUCAAACAACUGGGAUUCAAUGCCACCGUACUGGAAGUGGACCGGCGAGCUGUACCAGGGAGAGAUGGUGAAGAAGUAUGGAAGUUUGGCCGCAGUGAGUAAGGAGCUCAUGCCAUUGGGAGUCGUGCAGACCUUGAAGCAAGGCAAGUUCCGGUGGCAGGGUUAG